AUCGCUAUUUAAGAUACUAUUUACAAAAAAUAACAUUAUGUCUUUCUCUAGAAAGGACUACAGUAGGUUUCUAUCUCAAGGGAAUGCACCUGCUCCUCGUGCUUCCAGAUCUCAAGGGAAUGCUCCUCGUGCUUCCAGAUCUCAAGGGAAUGCAUCUAGAAACUGUAAUCCACCCUCACCAGCUAGUCAAAACCAACAAGCCGGUCUGUCUCUUCCACCAUCCAAUCCAAACUCGCCUAAUCCAUCUCAUUCAGCUACUCAUCCACCAACUGGGCGUCUCAACGAUCUGACAUUGGAGGAGCUCCUUGACAGUCCGGGGCGUCAGUCUCUUCAGAGACUAGAUCCAAAUCGUCCUCCGGGAACUCUUUGGUUUGACAUUGAUGGUUCAGUUGCAGCUUAUGACCGCAAGAUUUUUGAAAGAGUUUUCAAGGAACCUCAUGCCAAUUGGACACAGACUCCUAAUGCAGUGGUCAAUCUUUGGUAUGAGAGUUUUGCGCAAAUGUACAACUGGGACAAGUUCAUAAAUGAGAGAGUUAGAGAUGAGUUUGAGGACAAGUUGAAGGAUAGGAUGUCUGAUCAAGUUUCUCGGUGGAAGGGAAAGUGGAAGAAUAAAGGUGAUGAGGCAAAGCCUAAAUUGAUUGAUCCUCAAGUGUGGGCUGGACUUGUUCGUUUUUGGCGUGAUCCUAAAUCAGAAAUUAGGAGUAUCAACAGUAGAAAUGCCCGAUAUCAUGAUCCCGAUGGCCUUGGUAUAUCUAAACACCGUUCUGGCCAGACCUCUUUCAAAUCCCGUGCCAGAAAGCAUUGUGAGGAGACUGUUGAUUCAACUCCAAAUUUUCUGGUGGUUCUUGAGCAAACUCAUCGCAAACCUGAUGGGACUUUCAUUGAUAGAAAGUCAGAGGAGAUCUACAAGGAAGUGUCAUCAAGGAUUGAAGAGGAGGAGUCUCAGCUGUUUACAGGGGAUAAUACAGAGAGCUCUGCUUCAGGUGGAUUAUCAGUGGCUGCCAAGAACAAGAUUUAUGCUCAGGUUGCUCCAAGGAAAAAAGGAAGGUUGUAUGGAGUUGGUUCUCUGCAGCAUGAAGCAUCCUCAGUCACUGCUGGUCCAGCGCCUACUCAUAAUGAUCCGGUUAUUCUAUCGGAGAAGCUUGCUGCUGCUGAAGCUCGUCUUCAACUUCAGGCUGAGAAGAUCCAUAGCUUCGAUGCCUAUUUUGAAUACCUCGCAGAGAAGGAUCCAGUGUUUGCGGCAUGUAUUGAGGACCAUCUGAACCGGCAAAUGCAGACGCCACAAGAACUGCGGAGGGCAACGAGACCGGAGGCGAUCAGACCGGAACCGAUCAGACCGGCGGAACUGAGACAGGAACUGGUACCAGACCAGCCUCCUCUACUUCACAAGCUUUUUAAUUUCUCUCUGUUUUAAGACUUGAAGUUUAUUUUAAGACUUGGAUUUGGUUUAAGACUUGUAUUUGGUUUGUCAUCUACGCUUAUGUUUUUGAAU